AUGGUACCUUCUCUUCAAAACAACGAACCUUCUUCGGACCGAGAUAAUACUGCAAAAGUCCAAACAUCAUUGAAUCAAGUUUAUUCAACAUUAAUCGACGAACACCAAACGCACUCAGACGUUUCGCCGCGCGUACCAUAUUCUUCAAAAGUAUCGUCACCGCUUAAGCUCAGUUACAUUCCUGACUCCGUUUCAGGAACCGAGGACAAUACUCAACUCGAAAUCAUUGAAAAUAAUGUGACGAAUGAUACCAAUGUUGAAAGCAAUGUGACGAGCGAUACCAAUAUCGAAAAAGUGGAUCUAGAAUUGCCUAGUGAAAAACCUGUUGAGUUAAAUGAGAAUUUUCUUGAAGUCGAGUCAAUCGAAUUCCUUAAAUUUACAACAGACGAGAGACAACAAGAGAACCUCCUUGAUCCCGUAAAUCACCUUAAGGAAUUGUUGCAAGAUCAAUCUUCUGAACUAGACAAUAUUCGAGAUGUUCAAAAUCAUUCGCAUUCAUUUGAUACGUCAUCCGAAAUCCCUUCAACAUCAACAGAUACCGACGUUGAACAUCAAAUCUCAGAUGUGUCAGAUAUACCCUCAUCUCAAUUAGACACGAUAAACCCAAUGCUGAGGAAGACGCGCGUACCACCUGUAGCACUGAUUUCCGCUGACAUUAGACAAGUAAGGAGCUGUGUACAGAGAACCAAUGCUUAUGGUACGGCUGAUGUGGUUGAAUUGAAAUAUUUAUCGUUUAUUAGAAAUUCAUUUGGCGAUCUAUUCACUGCAAAAUUGGAGUUGCUAAAACAGGAAGAAACCGGAUUACAUUUAUGGCUUAAUUUAAAUAGAGAAAAAGAACCACCGUUACCCGUAAAAAAUUAUAGAAAAAAGAACAAAAUUUCACCAACUCUCGCUAGCGCUGCAGCAAAUAAAAUUUAUUCCAAUCCUACUUUAGCCACUAGCACUAGCAGUCAACCAGCUUUGUCAACUCCUGAAACUAUCAUUGAUAGCUCUGCUGAUAUCAAUACCCCCAAUUCGCCGAAUUCUCUGAAUUCUUCCAAGUCCUCCAAGUCAUCAAUUUCAUUGCGAACAUCUUUAGAUACGAACCGUUCGAAAAGUCGACAAUCAUCUCCGCCCAUGUCACCUAAAUUGAAAUCUUCCAAUUUUUUCUCCAGCAAAAGUCGACAUGGAAAUUCUAUCAAAUCCAACCGAUCAACUGUUCACAUGCCUCCACCUGUAAUGAAUGAUCCAGCUGUUAAUUCCUCGGUCAAUUCGAAAUCGCUGAAGAGCUCGCGUCAAAGAAGAUUUAGUUUUCAGGCCGUAUCUUCUAGAUUUAGUUUUAGUUCAAAUUCUCCUUCUCCCACCGUUUCCACUACUAUUGAAGAAAAGAGUAACAGUGAUUCGUCUAGUUCAGUUGUCGUUGAUGAAACAGCUUUAAAUAGACUAUGCGAUGUACUACCGCACGAGGAUAGAGAUGUAUUAGCUGGUUAUUUACGAGCAGCUGGUGGAAAGGAUGAUUUAAUGGCUGUAGGACUCUAUAUGAAAGAUUUGAAAGGUGGUAAUACGUUAUGA